GCUAUUAUUUUGGUCUUCAGAUGGUACAGUUUCCAGCAUACACCGAGUGUCCCUCAGUGGGAGUGAUGUGAGAAAUAUUUUAAGAACCACAGAAAAAAUAAAGGCCAUCUCAUUAGAUUUGGUUGACACAAGGGUCUACUGGAUCCAACAUGACCAUGGGAAAGAGAUUUCCCGUAUUGGGUCAUGCAACUAUGAUGGAGGAGCUGUUCAUUUGUUCAAAAAUUCUGUCCGGCAUCAGUUGCUUGGUAUGUCUCUCUUUGCUGAGCACCUGUACUAUUCAGAGUUGAAAUCUGGUAUGAUAUGGAGAGUCAAUAAGUAUACUGGAAAAGUUGUAGUCACAAUUAGCCUGAAGCUAUCAUUUUUUCCACCAGCGGAGAUAAAAGUGGUACAUCCAUUUAAACAGCCAGGUGCAAGAAGAGAUUCUCAGGAUUUUGAAAAAGGAAUCUGUGAUCUGAACAAAGAAAAGUGCAGAAGAAGAAUCUGCAGGCCAGACUCAAGGACCCAUUGGUGCAAAUGUUCAAGUGGCUUUAUUUUAAGUCGAAAUAAACAGUUUUGUGAAGAUAUCAAUGAAUGUGGCUUCUGGAAUCAUGGCUGUACUUUGGGCUGUGUGAACAUCCCUGGUUCCUACUACUGCACCUGCCCAAGAGGUUUUGCUCUGUUGCCUGAUAGGAAAACAUGUCAUGAGCUAGUUUCCUGUACAAGCAAUGACACCGAAUGUAGCCAUGGUUGCCUUCAAACAUCUAAAGGGCCUGUUUGCUUUUGUCCUGAAGGAUCUGUGCUCAAAGUGGACGGCAAAGCAUGCACAGGUUGUACAUCUCCAGACAAUGGUGGCUGUAGUCAGAUAUGUUCUUCUUUAAGUCCAUCCUCCUGGGAGUGUGCUUGUUUUCCUGGAUAUAAGCUUCAGCGAGAUAGAAAGCACUGCACUGCUAUAGGUCCUAAGCCAUUUUUGUUAUUUGCAAAUGGCCAAGAUAUCCGCCAGAUCAGUUUUGAUGGAGCAGAUUACGCAAGUUUACUUGACUGGCAGAUGGGAACAGUCUUAGCACUGGACUCUGACCCGGUGGAAAAUAAGAUUUACUUUGCCCACACUGCCCUGAAAUGGAUAGAACGAGCAAAUCAAGAUGGCUCAAAUCGUGAAAAAGUUAUUCAUGAAGCUACAGAUAUACCUGAAGGCCUUGCUGUGGACUGGAUUAACCGUAAAUUGUAUUGGACAGACAGAGGGAAGGCAUGCGUUGAAAGAAGCAAUCUGAAUGGAAUGCAAAGAAAAAUGAUCAUCUGGGAGGAUAUCUCCCAGCCCCGAGGGAUUGCCAUUCACCCGUUUGCUAAGAGAUUAUUCUGGACUGACAUGGGGGUCAAUCCCCGGAUUGACAGCUCUUCAUUAGACGGCAUUGAUCGCCGGGUUAUAGCCAGCACCGGUCUGGUGUGGCCCAGUGGAAUAGCUCUCGACUACUUAACUGGCAAACUGUACUGGUGUGAUGCUAAGCAGUCGGUGGUUGAGAGUGCAAACCUGGAUGGUUCUGGUCGUCGAAUUCUUGCACAGAAUGAUGUAGGCCACCCUUUUGAUGUAGCAGUGUUUGAGGAUCACCUUUGGUUUUCUGACUGGGCUAGGCCAUCACUUGUGAGGGUGGACAAGAAGACCGGCCAAAACAGGGUACGUCUUCGAGGCAGCAUGCUGAGACCCUCAUCAAUGGUUGUAGUUCAUCCUUUGGCGAAACCAGGGGCAAAUCCUUGCCUGUAUGAGAAUGGAGGCUGUGAUCAGAUCUGUGAAAAUAAUUUUGGAGUUGCACAUUGCACGUGCCAUCCAGGAUUUUGGAAAACUCAAGAUGGAAAAACCUGCCAUGCUCUGGAUGCUUCCAACACAACGGAAGGAAGUGUCUCCGUGCAAAAGGAGGUAGUGCCAAUGCCAACACGAGAGACCUUGCUCCAGAGCAAACAAAGCAAUGGAGUAUUCAAGGAUACCGACAGUGGGGAAAAGCAGAAAAACAGCAUUUUGCUGAUGGCUGAAAUCAUGGUAUCAGAUCAAGAUGACUGCACUGCACUAGAAUGCGAUGUCAAUGCACAGUGUGUUUUGCUGGAAGAUGGUGCUAUGUGCCAGUGUUUGAAAGGAUUUACCAGGAAAGGGAAAUCAUGCCAUGAUGUUGAUGAGUGUGCUGUAAAUAUGGACCGCUGUAAUCGAAAUGUGUCGAGCUGCAUCAAUACAGAAGGGGGAUAUGUCUGUAAAUGCCUGGAGGGCUACACUGGAGACGGAGUGCAUUGCUACGAUAUUGAUGAGUGCAAGAUGGGUUCCCACACCUGUGGAGAGAACAUAACCUGUACAAAUACAGAAGGAAACUUCACUUGCUCGUGUGCUGAUGAUGCUUCUGGAACUGGUUGCAAAUCUACUGUGUCCCCCACUACUGUCAGCAAUGAAUACUCUACACACCCUGUGCGAGCUGAUGUUGUCGGGUGCCCUCCUUCAUACGAGUCAUACUGCCUCCAUGGUGGAGUGUGCAAUUAUGUUUCUGAUCUACAAGACUAUGCCUGCAACUGUGUGACAGGCUACGUCGGGGAGCGGUGCCAGUUCAGCGAUCUGGAGUGGUGGGAGCAGCAGCACGCCGAGCGGGUGAAGAUGCGGAAUAUCACCAUCACGGCCUGCGUGGCAGCGCUGGUCCUCCUGCUGCUGCUGGGCUCCCUGGCUGCCUACUGUCACAG